CACACACAACACACAGGCACACAGACACUCACUGAGCCCAGGGACACAGAGACAGAGGGGAUUCAUACAAAGCAGAAGUCAUGCUCGGUGUUGGUUUGUGUUUUGUCGUCUUGCUCCUACAUGUCUCCUGUGCGAGGGAUGCAGUGUCAGAGAUUUUAUGGGGGAAGACAGUGGUCCUUGAACACACGAGCUGCCAGUUUUGGCGUCUGAAUCCAAAUGAGUCCUUGCCGUCUCUGUCCGAGUUCACGGUGUGUGUCAACGUGCAGAGGAGCAUCAACAGCAAAGUGUGGAGCGCCUUCACCUACCUGCACCCCGACCGCAGCCGCGUGGAGCUCGGGUUCGGUGGGCGCGCGCUGCAGCUGCAGGUGCGUGUGUUCGGGAGGAGCUGGGUGACGGAGGACACGCUCACCGUGGGACAAUGGCACGCUGUGUGCAUCACGUGGUCCUGCUCGGCCAGCCGGCUCGCGCUCGUCAUCGACGGCAAAGCAACGGAGCUGAGAACUGACGCGAGGGAACCGAGCCGAGACGUGGGCGCGUGUGCGCUGGCGGGCGGAGGCUCGCUCACUCUCGGGGCUGCGCAUUAUUACGUAGGAGACAAUAUGGAGGUGGAGAGCGGCACCAACCUGCAGGGGCGCGUGACCAUGUUCAGGGUGUGGGGCAGAGCACGCAGCGUGCACGAGAUCGCCACCAACACCUGCACCGACGGUGACGUCAUCAAGUGGCACGGACGCGUGUGGCUCGAUCAUGACUGCACACCUGUAGUGGACCACACGGUCAAAUGCGUGUGGUCUCUGUAUGAGCUGAAAGUUCUGCUCCUCAUCCUCAGCCAUAACAAACCCAUCACCACUUACGAGGCUCGAAACAUCACAUAUCACUGGUUGAGAACGGUGCUUCCUGUGAAUAUUUCCCUGCCUACAGUCGUUGUGUUUAAAGCAAAAAGUUUUGCUUGGGCCUACACAGGAAACAAAACAGAUACAGUGAGUCAGAGGAACAAUCCUAAUGCAAACUGGUUUGAGGUUAUGGCUCAUCUGAACGUGAUUCCGUGUGAAGAUGUGGGAAAAAUCCAGGAACAGGUUGUGAAUAUCCUCAAAAAGGGGUACACCUCACCUACGUAUUACCACCUGAUUACACAUGAGGACGAUGUGCAUGUUUAUCCUACAGACUCAAAUGAAAUUCCUCUUUCAACACCGGAGACUAGCGUCACAGUGACAGACACUCCCACCAACACACCUGUUACAAAGUCCCCGCCCACUGAGGUCACAGACAGUUUCUUUAAAGUGAGUUUGAACGUAACCAUCACAGGAUCAGAGCAGGAUCCAGCGCUCACUCUUCAGAGCUGGCUUCAUGAAACUCUCUCUCUUGAAGGAAUGUCUGUGUUGAACUUUCGAUUAACGUCUCCACCAUCAGGGUGUCGAAGUUUGGAGGAGUGCAGCAGCCCCUCGAGUGCGGGAUUUUCUCUGAUCUCAGCUCAGAGUUGUGACUUUCAGAUGCUCGUGACGUCGUGUUUGAACGUCGAUGAAACACAGAAUCAGAUACGUCAGCUGUUGGAGCAGGCGUACAGCAGCAGCUCUGUGAACCUGCAAGCCGAACACAUCCACAUCAUGCGCAUACACCCUGGUGAGUGCCCUCAACACCCUCAGCAGACUCGUCAGGGUUUGUACAUUUGGAAGAGAACUGCGGCUCAGUGCAGACACACACAGCCAUGUGAAGGAGAUAAGACACACACAGCAAUACGCCAGUGUUUGCUGUGUGCUGUGACUAAUCGUGCGGUGUGGAUCGCUUCGGACCUGAGGGACUGUCCCACUGUAGUGAACACACUCUCUGACCUCGAGCAGAUCACAGUCACUAAAGACACGGCGAAGGAUGUGCUGAAGAUAAUCGUGGACAUCAUGAAAGAGAGCAAGGGCCUGAACAAGCGAGACCUGUGGCUGGUGCUGAACACACUGGAGAUUGUGCUGAAUGUCAGCACCAUGACCUUUGAGCUCGCUCAGGUCAUCAUCAACAUCACAUCAGACAUCCUGAACUCAAAGAGCGACCUUCAUCCCUUCACUAACUAUAUUCUGAACAUCACAGAGAGGGUUGGAAACAAAAUGUCUGAUCUGAAUAACAGCUCUGUCAGUGUGGUGGCUGCAGCGUUAGCUCUGUCUGUGGUUAAUAUCGACACGAAGAAUUUCUACAAUCUGACAUUUGGAGUCACAUCGAUGACCAGCGAACCACAUCCAGCGGUGUAUAUUAAUCAGGACCCAGCUGAGGGCACUGUGGUCUUCAUCUCUCUCCCUCCAUCUCUCCAUGCCAGUUUCCCCCCAAGCUACUACUCCAAUCCCCAAGUGCAAUUCCAGUUCUAUGGUGUUCCUGCACUCUUUCAGAAUUGUGAGAAAGGGAAGGUGUUGAACACGUAUGUUGUAGCUGCCAGUGUAAUAAACGCAGUGCAGCCCAUCAGUGAUCUGAAGGUUCCAGUUGUUGUCAUGCUGCACCACCUCAACACCAACACACUUCAUAGAGAUGUUCAGUGUGUGUACUGGAACUUCAGUAUGAAUGGUGGUUUUGGAGGUUGGAGCCCCAGAGGAUGCUGGAAACACAACACAACUCAUAACUACACAACCUGCAUGUGUGAUCACCUCACACACUUUGGCGUGCUGCUGGACAUAUCCAGGACUCCCGUUGAUGAGAAAAAUGAGAAGAUCCUCACUCUCAUCACAUACACAGGGUGUGGCAUGUCUUCUUUCUUCCUUGGUGUGACGGUGCUGACCUACACACUGCUGGAGAAGUUGAGGUGUGAUUACCCGUCUCAGAUCCUGCUGAACCUCUCCAUCGCUCUGCUUGGCCUCAAUCUUGUUUUCCUCGUUAACUCCUGGAUUUCUUCCUUUGGGCUGGCCGCCCUCUGCGUUGCCGUGGCAACCACUCAGCACUACUUCCUCUUGGCCUCGUUUACCUGGAUGUUCCUGGAGGCAGUGAACAUGUACUUUGCCCUCGUUAAAGUGUUCAACGCCUAUGUGCCUUCUUACAUCCUCAAAUUCUGCUUCAUCGGCUGGGGUGUUCCUCUGCUGAUCUGUUGUUUGGUCUUGGUGGUGAAACCCGACUCAUACGGACUCCUGCUGCUCGAGAACUCAGAAAUGUUCUGCUGGGUAUCUGACAGUGUGGUGUUCUACGUGUGUGUGGUGGGUGUAGUGGGAUUGAUUCUGCUGGUGAACGGUUCUGUGUUCCUCUUGGUUCUGCUGCAGGUGAGGAGGGCGUGUGUGAGCGAGCACAGAGGUGUGAUAAAGGAGCUGCGAGGCGUCACUAGUCUCACUCUGCUGCUCGGACUUACCUGGAGCUCCGCCUUCCUCACCUGGGGUGAUGCCAGAGUCCCGCUACUCUACAUCUUCUCCAUCCUCAACAGCCUGCAAGGUUUCUUUAUUUUUCUGUUUCAAUGUCUGAUGAAGGAAAAUGUGCGUAAGCAGUGGAGAGUGCACUUGUGCUUCGGACGCUUCAAACUGCAGGAGUACUCAGAAUGGAGUCACACUCCUCCCAUCAUCAACAAACCCAAACACACUCCGAUGCUGACCUUCUCCACUGCAGCUUCAGUCAGAUCCAAUAAAUCCAACUCAACUCAGAGCUCCUCAGCUUCCUCCCACUGCACUGAACACCACUUCUCUGUGAAGAGUCCUGACCUGGGUGUGGUGUAUCAGCAGAGCUUCAUCCUGCCUCGAGCACAGCGAGUACACACUCCACUCCCCGAGGGUGCAGGGUACAACACACGCUCCCUAAACUGGAUACCUAAAGAGGUUCCUGACUAUGAUGUCUACUUCAACUAGCACUUGUUUCUGGCUGUACGCCACUCUGCUGUUUUGUGAUGAAUACAGGAUGUAGUGUGUUUCUGUUUAAAUGAGCUAUGUUUUUAAACAAAUCAAAGCAAGUCAAUAAAUAUAACUAGCAAAAUGUA